CAGCAGACAUUCUCGAAACUCUUCAAGAUCAAGUCGACGGACUGAUGGACAAACUGUCAUUUCCGCUAGCAGAAAAAUAAUUUCAAUCUGAUGAGUUUUUAUUUUAGACAUUAGACUUGCUUUGAAUUUGAAUAUCAAAAUGUGUGAAAAUUAUCAAUUAUCAUGGACUCAUUCGAAACGGCGCCUAGAACAUUCCCAUCCACUGUUUGAAGAAGGCAAUAUCUUGUGUUGUAUGUUGGCAAAACAGCUACCUUUUGAUUUGGCAGCAGAUGAAGAGUUCUUGGAUGAUAGUGAAUCCAAUGGCAUUCCAUGUGGGAUCUCAGGCUGCAAUAAGAUUCUGGAUUCCCUGACUAGCUACGAGUUACACUACAACAGCACACACAGAAAUGCCUGCAGUCAGUGUAAAAGGAACUUCCCCACCUCUCAUCUCCUGGACAUCCAUCUCCUGGAGUGGCAUGACUCCAUGUUUGAUCUGUUGGCAUCAAAGUCUCCAAUGUACCAAUGUCUGCUGGAACUGUGUGGCGACAAAUUCUGGAAUUCAAAAGACAGGAAAAACCACAUGAUCAAGUGCCAUAAGUUUCCAUCUAACUAUAGAUUUGAAAGAGAGAAGAGACAAAAAACAGAGUCAAGAGACGGUGAGAAUAUGGAAGUAAAUACAUCUAGGGAAGAAGUCUCACAAAAUCGUAGGGUAUUCAGUUACAAAGUACCAAAUCAAAUUUGCUUUGGACAAGGGUCAGCCCUCGGGUUCCAGAGAGGGAGGGGGAGGGGAAAUAAAGGCCCAAAGAAACACUGGCACCAGACCAAGAAAGGCAAAAACACGGCCGUGGACAUUGAGUCAGUCGAUAUGAAGGAGUUGGCUCAGGCGCUGGAGGCUCCUAAAGAUGGUGCCAUGGAAAACUGAAGGGGAGGCUCCUGAAGACAGUGCCAUGAAAAACUGACAGGGAGGCUCCUUAAGACGGUGCCAUGGAAAACUGACGGGGAGGCUCCUGAAGACUGUGCCAUGAAAAACUGAUGGGGAGGCUCCUUAAGAAAGACACUGACAUGGUUCUGGUGGAUAGGGUGGUAGCUGUCAUUAACUGUGCUGCAGGAAUGUCCUGACUACAGUAUAUUAACUCACUAGUUUGCUGGGAAAAUUCUUGCCUUUGGUUGAUGAGUGUUUGCUAUGUAAAUUUUGGCUACCGGGUAUACACUUUAUAUAUGUUUGUUCCAAUUGGGAAAAAAGUUUACUUUUGACUGAAGUUAAUAGUGAGUGUUCAACGGCUGUUUUAUAUGCAUUUUACAUUGUAAUCGUUUUAUAUUCCAAUUAAAUAUUUCAUUUCUUGACUUUA